AUGGAAUUACCAUACAUUCAGCAUCAAAUCUCACCCACAAGGCCCCAUUCACAUGUCGACGCCCAGCAGGACCUGGGUUUAGCAAAGAAUCCACCCUUGGGCUUACCGGCCGAAUACGCUAAGCUUAGCCCUGCGGGCCAGCACCCGAUCUAUUCCUUCAAUGGACCAAUGCAUGUUUCGCAUCCGUUCUUAGUCACACUUCCUGGCAUAUCUCAGCGCUACUCGAUGGCGCCGCAUUGGGGGAACGUUGGAUUUUCUGCAGUUCCAACCCUGCAGCUCCCAAAAUUUUCCGAAGACCCUCAGCGCGGAGAAGCCACCAGAUACAAUACUCCUGCUUAUUCAGCCAACAGUUCCAAGUGUGUGUCGUCUUCUUCUAGUGCAAUUUUCAGCACUCCAUGCUUGGGCUCGUGCGGCUCGCACUCGUCUGCUGAUGCCAUCCAAUUAAAAGCAAAGCCGGCUAAAUCAGAUCACAAUUUUUUCGGCGAGAUCUGCGACACAAAUCUGAUCGAAAUAGCUAAGAAAAAUGUCCGGACGCCCUUUGAUGAAUUGGCCCAUUCAGUGAAAUUGGCGGAGACAAACCUCGCACGCAUCGUUGGGUCGAGCUCGAAACAUUCCAGGGAUAAUCGUCAUGCCGAAGCACACAAAAAAAGACAGCAUCAGAUCCUGGCUAUGGUUUUUCUGAUAAGACACGUACAAAUCAAGGAGUCCGCCGUAUGCCCAAGAAAUAGGAUUUUCAACCAAUAUGUGCAACUGUGCCAGCAGUAUGGAGUGCAGCCUGUUGUGAAUGCUUCUUUUGGGAAACUGGUCAAAGCGCUUUUUCCAGGCAUCAAGACCAGAAGGCUUGGGAUUAGAGGUUCCAGCAAGUACCAUUACUGCGGCAUAAAAUUGGUCGGAGACUCUGAUGAAGUGGAGUCAUUAGCGUCCACCACGUCAACUACCCCCACCAUUGGGUCUCCAGCGGCUGUCCAAGCAAACGAAACGUCUACUGACAUUCAUUUCGAUCUUAGUCUGGAGGACAACUUUCUGAACAGAACGAGCAUUGGGGAAGCAGAUCUUGACAUCAGUGCCGUCAGCAGUAUCUUCCGGUUUUUUGACUCUGAUGAGCAGAAGGAACUGAAGGAGAUUGAGGAUCAUUAUGGAGCACACUGUCGCAAGGUUUUGUAUUGCAUUCGGUUCAUGAAAAUCAAAACUCUGUUCGAGAGCAUGUCUUCAGACUUUUCAGGCUUAUCAGUCCACGCAAAAGGUCUUUUAUCUUCUCCACAUGUGAUUUCGUGGAUCUUGAGAUGCGAUAACGCGCUAUAUAUCGCGUGUAUCAGAUUGCUGUCCAAGAUGAUACUCCAAAAUGUGCCGGAGCAUGUUUGCGUUCAGAUGGCGAAUGUGAAUACCUACUUUGUGAAAUAUGUUAGGGAGAUGAUGCUUCCUGAUGAUGUUAUCCAGGCCAAGCUUCCUGUGGCUGAAACUUUUGUGAAAAUGACCUCUCGGCUGACUAGGGUAAUGUUGGCAGGCCACAACUGUGUCAGAAAUCUUUGCCAGCCAUCAGUCGUGCUAGAGUUGCUACAAGAUUGGGAAGCGCUUGAUAUUAUGGAGAUUGUCAAACGAGAGAUCAGAUGUCAAAAGCAAGAAGAGAUUACAGAUGUUUUGCGACACGAUAUCACUAGCCUCUUGCGCGAGGUCUCUGCACUCACUCUUCAUAUCCAGGAGACGGAAGACAUCAUCAUCAAGACGUUGAGUACACGCAUAUCUAGAAUUCCUGAAAAGUUUGUCGAUGUGAGCCCGCAGACGUUUCUGUUGAUUAGCAAUCAGUUGGUCGACUCGAUAAUGAGACAGCUGACUCUUGACAACCGCAGUAAUAUUGGUGCCUGGUGGGGAUUGAGUUGUUGGCUCAACGAGUUUUUUAUUUUUCUUGCCGAGCUUGGCGGCUACACCAGGCUUGUUGCUGAUUAUGAGAGUCAGAGAGAGUGA